UUAUUUACUCGCGUCAUGUGUUUAGAUAAGCCGACCCUCCUUAGUCUAAUUUUACAUUGUAAUCAAAUUUUAAAUGACUAACUUUCCUAGAUUUUUUCUAGGAUAACAAAAAAAUAUUUUCUUACUUUCAUUCUAUACGGCAUGAUUUAGAUCGGGUUGAAAUAGAAUCAUAUUUUGUUGGUGUUUUGCUAAACGAAUAGGAAGUGAUUAAAAAAGGCAUCAUGUAUAGGUUAACCGUCGUUUUAGUGUUUACGGAACUUUUCUUCGGGAUUCUAGCUCAGGUCCCGCUGCCUAUUGGUCAAUGCACGAAAAGGGACGCAUGUUCGUGCAUGUAUGACGAUGGAACGAUAGUUAACCUGCAGAGUCUUGAUAGACAGGACGGCAGACCAAACUUCAGUAACGUUUCCAAUGCUGCCCAGAAUGAGUUGUAUUCAUGGAACCCUUGCACCCCGUUUACAUACCCGUCUAACAACUCGGCGUGUGACGGCGUAGCUGUGUGUAUGAUACGCCAGGGAAUUCCAAAUGCACUCAUUUAUGACCUUGGUAACCAGGAUACGGCCAGCUUCAUGGUUGACAGCAACGGCACGUUGAAACUGAGCUACACCGCUGACCAAGGGGAUUACAAAAGGGUAACGGAAAUAACGUUACAGUGUAUGGGUACAUCUAAGUUUGACUUCUUUGUGGCGGAAGGAGAGCAGCCAGAAACCAAUGACACUGUAUUAUACAAAUUGUUGUUGGCCAGUAAAUAUGCAUGUGCGUAUGCACCAAAUCUGAACCCGUCCGAGAAUGUAUCGCCUAAGGCUCUGAGCGGUGGGGAGAUAUUCGUUAUCGUUGUGUUCAGUUUGAUCGGAGCUUACAUUGUAUUUGGUGUGAUGUUUCAAGCCUUCGUAAAGAAAGAGAGCGGUAAAAGACUGUGUCCCAACCACGAAUUCUGGUGCAAAAUUCCGGAACUCUGCACGGGAAGUAAAGGGGAAGCUAUAAGCAGCACGCCAGGAAGCGGGUCCAAAUAUGAUACAAUAUAACCAACUAAAUUAUCAUGGACAUAAAUUCAUAUAUUGUUAUUGUUAUUUGUGUUUAGAUAGAAUAUAGAUUUUGUUUGACAUUGUCGUUGUUUUGUGUGCAGUUUUAUUUUGUGCGUUCUUUUUUUUCUCGUCUUUUAUUUAUUUUUUUAUUUAUUAUAGAGUUUUAUGUCACUGAUGCUAUUUUAAUUACUUUUGAUUGCGUUCUUCGAAAUUAAUUUCCAAGUUUGAGCUUUGAAAGGUCAACAACUUCGAAUUUCUUGCCAGUUGCCGCUCUGUGUUCGAACUUUGAACUACUUCAUUAUAUGUGGAACAUAUUCAGCUAGUUAACGGACAGUUGGCUUCUCUACCCAUUGUGCAAUUUCGCUAUUUAGUGUUCUUUCUGCUUCAUGUUUUAUCCGCAAUUUAGAGCUCUCAUACCUAAUAUUUGUUAAUAUGCAUUUCCGUUAAUUUGUGUUCUUUUCAUUAAAAAUCAAUUAAAUCUGCUA